AUGGGUAAUUAUGGCAUAGUAUUCUUACUGGCCAUCACCUCGUUGAUGGCCGCCUCGACUGUGGGUGCUGGGCCAACGGUUUCACCGUACUACAAUACCACCCCAGCGCCCAUGUACUACACCAGCCCGGCUCCAACAUACUACACCAGCCCGGCUCCAACGUACUACGCUCAACCGGCUCCAGAGUACUACACCACCCAGGCUUCAGCGUACUACACCACCCCGGCUCCAGUGUACUACACCACCCCGGCUCCAGUGUACUACUCCACUCCGGCUCCAGUGUACUACCCCACUCCGGCUCCAGUGUACUACCCCACUCCGGCUCCAGCGUACUACCCCACUCCGGCUCCAGCGUACUACCCUACUCCGGCUCCAGCGUACUACCCCACUCCGGCUCCAGCGUACUACACCACUCCGGCUCCAGCGUACUACACCACUCCGGCUCCAGCGUACUACACCACUCCGGCUCCAGCGUACUACACCACUCCGGCUCCAGCGUACUACACCACUCCGGCUCCAGCGUACUACACCACUCCGGCUCCAGCGUACUACCCCACUCCGGCUCCAGCGUACUACCCUACUCCAGCUCCAGCGUACUACCCCACUCCGGCUCCAGCGUACUACACCACUCCGGCUCCAGCGUACUACACCACUCCGGUUCCUGCGUACUACUCCACCCCGACUCCAUCGUACUACUCCACCCCGACUCCAUCGUACUACUCCACCGUGGCUCCAGCGUACUACACCACAACAUAUGCUGCUCCAAGCUACUACUCUGAAGCCACUCCGGCGCCAUACUAUCCUACUGUAGCGCCAUCAUACUAUACUACCCCGUCGCCGUACCACCCAACGAUGGCACCGUAUUCCUCUGCUCCAGUUCCAGCAUCUUACCACACUACCCCAAUGCCAUACUACACGACAACGUACGCUGCUCGAAGGCACUACAGAGACGCUUCUAGUUAUUACGCUACAACUCCGGUGCCCUACUACACAACCCCAUACGCUGCUCCGAUGUAUUAUACUUCCCCAAGUUACUACACCACUGUUACUCCAAGCAACUAUGCCGAAGCUCCUCAAUACUACCCUUAUCUCAAUUCUGCUUCCAGCUAUUCCAUGACUGAGGCUCCGGCAACCUUUUACAGACCAAUGACUUCUUCUUACACCACAAUGGCGCCGUAUUAUACUACCCCGGCAAGUUACUAA